AUGGGCGCUGGCUUAAGAUCUCGUUUCGAAGCGGUUAAGGAGAAGAUUCGGUUGCAUGGCGAUGAAAGUCAACAUGAACAAACUGAUCAAUGGAGUAAUCGUGACUUGAUCCCUUUACCGCCGAGCCGAAGAACUUGGGGUUGGUUUCAUUAUUUCGGCUUCUGGACAUUGUCGUCGCUGAAUAUCGUCAACUGGCAGACCCCAAGUAGCUUCUUGACUCAGGGGUUAUCCGUUCCCCAAGCCAUGCUGAUAAUAGUCGUUGGUCGUUUGCUGAUAACUGCUUUUGCAACUCUGAUUGCCUGGUGCGGUAUACAGUGGCAUGUUGGCUUUACGGUCCAGAACCGCUUUACGUGGGGGAUGCGAGCGAGUUAUAUCCCUUUACUGCAACGGAUUUUGCUUAAUUUUAUCUGGAACGCCGUGCAGUGUUGGAAUGGCGGACGACUUGCUGCCGUUUGUUUGACAGCCAUUUCCCCGUCUUUUGCUAACAUGCGAAAUUUUCUGCCUGAGAGCCUACCAGCUACUAGCGAUCAGUUUGUCGGCUUUAUUGUCUUCUGGGCCUUGUCGACACCACUGUUAUGGAUUCCACCGGAAAAGUUCAAGAUUCCUUUCUUAUUUACGUCUAUUUACAGCGCCCUGGGUAUGCUUGCUAUGAUGAUAUGGGCAUUGUCAACUGCGAAAGGCGUUGGCUCUCUCUUCAGUACCGGAGUAGCGCUCCCAGAAGGUUCGUGGAGUGUCUCCUGGCUUUUAAUGGCUGGUAUAAACCAAACAAUUGGGGGCGUUGCAGCGGGUAUCACCAACGGAUCUGACUUCUCCCGGUAUGCACGAAGCUGGAAAGGUUAUGUGAUUGGAACAAUUACGUCCGGAUGGAUAACUGGUGUGCUCGUAUGCCUCGUUGGUCUAGUGACUACCAGUGCAGCUCAGAAAAUCUAUGGUGAAGUGUAUUGGAACCCGCCAGACCUCCUAAUGAUGAUGAUGGACAAUGGGAACGGAUCUCCAGCGUCUCGAGCCGGCGUAUUCUUCCUCUCAUUCGGGUUUGGGUUAACUAGCAUGUUUGAAAACAUUUGCGGUAAUGCGGUAUCCGGUGGUAUUGAUCUAGCCGGGUUAUGGCCACGCUACAUCAACAUACGAAGAGGUGCUAUCAUCACUUUCGUUGCCGCUUGGAUUGUUCAACCCUGGCAACUCGUGAAUAGGGCCGUUACAUUCAUCCAGGUCUUAAGUUCAUUCUCUGUUUUCUUGUCGCCUAUGAUCGGUUUAAUGGCGGUCGACUUUUUCCUUUUACGUGGACGUAAAAUCCGGUUGUCGCACUUAUACUCCGGGUCCAGCUCAUCAUACUGGUACUGGAAUGGUGUUAAUUGGCGAGCGAUCAUAGCAUGGAUCUGUGGCUGGGCCCCAACCAUCGGCGGCCUGGUCACCACUGUUAAGCAGGAUGCUAAUGCGCCUAAAGCUUUAAGCGAAUUAUACUUCAUGGCAUUCUUCAUAGGGUUUUUUACGAGCGCGACCAUUUUCUUUGGUCUUAAUAAGCUUUUCCCCGUCAAGGGGAUGGGCGAGUACGACGAAGUCGAUAUUUAUGGAACCUUCACUAUCAAAGAAGCAGCAAAAUUAGGAGUUGUUCAUGCGGAGUUUCAAAUCGACGGUUUAGAAAGCGGCGAUCAUUCUCUAGCCCAAGAAAUCUUCGAGAAGAAGGACUAG